UACUUUUAAUGCAUUAUGUUUAUAAAAUGAUCUUUUGUAAUUUAAUAAAUAUUUUACAGUUACAAACUCGAACUUGCUUUAUCAGUUAAUGAUAAUGGGUUACAAAAAGAAGAAAAAUGUUAUCAUAGUGUCUUUGUGUGUGGUAUUUUCUUUCAUAUUAUAUCAGUUGUACUUCUUUUUAACAAUUACAUCGGAGACCGGCAACGGGAACAGAAUCAUUCCAGUAUUAGAUCAUCAGAAAAUAAAAGAUGUUGUACACAUACGAUCUGAAGAUGACAAAUACAUUAAUGAAAAUGGUCUUAUUCGUGGAGUUUAUUAUUUACACGUGCAGCUAUAUAGACCUAAUCAUAAAAAUGAAUUUGAAUGCAGAAUAUCGAAAACACGAAUACCAUUUGAACAAGUAAAUGAUGAUUAUUGUGAUUGUGAAGAUGGAACGGAUGAGCCAAGCACCAAUGCAUGUCCAAAUGGUACCUUUUAUUGUCAAUAUCAGUAUAAAAAGAAACCUGUAACGCUCCACACUGUGCCUUCAAGCAAAAUAAAUGAUGGGAUUUGUGAUUGCUGUGAUGGCUCAGAUGAGUGGCUUAAUGAGCCUAAUAAGAAACUUCUUAGCCAAGCAUUUAUGAAAAAUUACAGGUUUUAUGUAUCUGAAUGUCCUAAUACAUGCCAUUGAAUUAUACUACCCACAUCUUUAUUACUAUAUGUUUUGAUGAAGAAUAUUUGUACAGUUUUAGAGGCAUUUAAGCAAAAAUGUAAGAAGAAUUUACAUAAUAUAAAUACUCAGUGU